AGUUAUUUCGAUUCUCUCAUUAUCAUCCAAUGUUUGUCCAACAAAGCGCUCCCGACUUCGACUUGGUAGCCUGCAUGCCCGAUGAUUCCUUUAAGCAUGUGAAGCUUUCCGAUUACAAGGGCAAGUAUGUUGUCCUUUUCUUCUACCCCGGCGAUUUCACUUUUGUCUGCGCCUCUGAAGUCAUUGGUUUCCACGAGAAGAUGGCCGAGUUCGAAAAGCGCGGUGCCGUCGUCCUCGCGUGUUCCACGGAUUCAGCCGAUGUCCACAAGGCCUGGAAGCACACCGAGAAGAAGAAUGGCGGUAUCGGAACUCAACUCUGCUACCCCAUGCUCUCUGAUCACACCCAGAAGAUGUCUCGUGAAUAUGAUGUCCUCCUCGAGACUGAUGGUGUCGCCCUCCGCGGUGUUUUCAUCAUCGGUAAGGACGGUAUUGUUCGCUCUGAGAUGAGGAAUGAUCUCCCUCUCGGUCGUAAUGUUGAUGAGGUCCUUCGUAUUUUGGAUACCGUCAUUGAGACUGAUGAGCACGGUGUCGUCUGCCCUAUGAACUGGAGGAAGGGGUUGGACACUAUGAUACCCACCACUGAGGGUGUCGCUGAUUAUCUUCUUAAGCAUACCAACUAAGUUAUACACUUUGGAGUAUCUCCUCUUCUAAUGGUUCGACACAUCGAGACAUUCGCAUAUCGUGCGUUUCCCCUC